CUGCUAAUCAUUCAUUUUAAAUUAGAACGGUAACAAAAACAAUCUGUGGCAGCUCUUUAUGUACCCAAGAACUAAAAGGUAAGCUUGUGCUGCGACACUUUUUGUUGCCGCUGCUCAUUUUGUAGUGUAUUUGUGCCUUUAUUUAUUGAAUACAGUGGAACCUCAGGUUAAGUACUUAAUUUGUUCUGGAGGUCCGUUCUUAACCUGAAACUGUUCUUAACCUGAGGCACCACUUUAGCUAAUGGGGCCUCCUGCUGCGGCCGCGCCACCGGAGCACGAUUUUUGUUCUCAUCCUGAAGCAAUGUUCUUAACCUGAGGUACUAUUUCUGGGUUAGCGGAGUCUGUAACCUGAAGCGUAUGUAACCUGAAGCGUAUGUAACAUGAGGUACCACUGUAUCUUCUUGGUGUCUGUCAUCUUUUAACAUGGGAAGCUUUCAGGUAGCCAUAAGAAUAACUGCGCCUCAUAGGCAUUUGGUGAAGGUGAAAGCCAUUCAAAGUGCUUAGCUGUUGGCAUUAUAAAUGUUAAACAUGAAGUUUGCGAGGAGGAUUUACACAGUAUGUGGAAGCUUCAGGUCAAUCUGUCUAUCCAGUAUUGGUAUACAUAUUCCAGUAAUAGUCCAUAUGGAGUAUCAAUGCAACUUAUCAGGAUGUGGCUGAGGAAGGGCAGGACAUUUCUGAGGUUGGGUCUGCAUGGGCACAGCAAUAGGAAUGCCACUGGUGUGCCCACAGUGCCCAGACCCCUCCAAAACCCCAACCCCAGCCCUGUCCAGGUAAGCUGCCCUGACGAGGUGAUGGAAGGGGGCGCUGCUUCAACACACAGGCUGCUACUAGUAUAUUACUUGCCUGUUUUCUCUGCCCAUUUACCUUCCUAUUUUAGAUUUUGUGAUUUUGUUGUGUUCACUCAAGACCUUGGGAACUGUUUGGACUUAUUUGCUGAUGGGAGAAAGUUGUUGCAUGAACUGGAUGGAAGCAUAGGAUGGCUGCUUGCAGUAUAAUUAGGUGCAGCCUUCCCUAACUUGGUGGCUUCCAUUUCCUAAUACAGUCGUACCUUGGAUCCCGAACACCUUGCAAGUCGAAUGUUUUUACUCCCGAACGCUGCAAACCCAGAAGUGAGUGUUCAGAUUUGCAAACGUUCUUUGGAACCUGAAUGUCCAACAGGGCUUCUGGGGCUUCAAAAUGUUCGGAAACCAAAGCGUGGCUUCUGAUUGGCUGCAGGAAGCUCCUGCAGCCAAUCAGAAGCCACGCUUUGGUUUCCGAACAUUUGGGAAGUCAAAUGGACUUCUGGAAUGGAUUCGGUUCAACUUCCAAGGCACAACUGUAAUCUGUAACAUAGAAUUGACAUUUAUUUGGAGUUGCCAUGUCUUCUUUAAUUCUCAAUUUCUUUCUACAUAUAAACUUAAAUUUAUUUCAUCUUCAAACCAAGCUUUCUUUAAUGUUUCUCCUGUGGGAGCACUUGUGAUGAUGAAGAACAUUAUUUGUCAUGAGCUGGAAUGAAUGCCAGGCACAGUCUCAGGUAAAUAUGAAAAACGACACCUUUGAACCAUCUGUGUUAUUUAUAUCGGUUCUAUGUUGGAAUAUUGCAAAGAUAGGCCCUCUCUCAACUCUCAUUUAUGCUGUCAGAUAGGGUCAAACUGAUGUAGAAGCAGUAAUUAGAUAGAACCUUGUGCAUAGUUAUGCAGGAAUCCUAAAAUCACAUACACAUGCAAGCUCAAAGAUGGCCUUUAUGUAUACCAAAGCUUUGCAUAAAAGGUAAAGGUAAAGGGACCCCUGACCAUUAGGUCCAGUCGUGGCCGACUCUGGGGUUGCGGCGCUCAUCUCGCUUUAUUGGCCGAGGGAGCCGGCGUACAGCUUCUGGGUCAUGUGGACAGCAUGACUAAGCCACUUCUGGUGAACCAGAGCAGUGCAUGGAAACACCGUUUACCUUCCCGCCAGAGCGGUACCUAUUUAUCUACUUGCACUUUGACGUGCUUUCAAACUGCUAGGUUGGCAGGAGCAGGGACCGAGCAACGGGAGCUCACCCCGUCACAGGGAUUCGAACCGCCGACCUUCUGAUUGGCAAGUCCUAGGCUCUGUGGUUUAACCCACAGCGCCACCUGCGUCCCUAAAGCUUUGCAUAGCAGCCCUUAAAGUAUUUUCAUUAUGCCAAGUGGAGCAGAACUGUGAAACUCUAAAUUACUGGGUGACAAAACAGGCACAAUUGUGGCAACAAAUUUUCAGCUGGACCACCCAAAUGGAUCUUAGGAUGCCAUGCUGCUAGACCAGAACCCCACAACCCCAUCCUGGCAGUGGCAGGAUGUGCAGUGGCAAUCAUUCGUCACAACAUCUAUAGUUAUAGCAGGAAAGGGCUGGAGUUCAGUGGUAGAAAACAUCCAGUGCCUACAGAGGGUCCAAGGUUCAAUCUCUGGUCUCUCCAGGUAGGAAUGAAAAAGAUUUCCAUCUGAAACUCUGGAGAGCUGCUGCCUAUUGAUAUAGAUAAUUCUGAACUCAAUGGACCAGUGCCGUAAAGCAAUGUCCUAUGGUCCAGCAUUAAGCCUAGAUUGAUGGAAAGGUCCAAGGACAUCACCAGGGAACCUGUUGCUGGGCUCCAUUUUCCCUUCCCCCUGACCAUUAGACAUGUUGGGUGGAGCUAAUGGGAGUUGGAGCUGAAGUUCAAAACAUCUGGAGCAUUAGAGGGUCUCCACUCCUGCCUUAACCCAGUGUUGGAGCCCUCCAAUGUAUUCAUGUUUGGAAGUAAGUAGUAUUUGUUUUAGUAGUGCUUACCCUUCUAAGUUUAUGAUUGUAUCCAUAAACUCACUCCUAUAUGCUACAACUGUGGGGUGCAACGGGGAGAAGGGAGGAGAAAACCAGAGUGUGCAACCAGACCACUGACCUAUCAGUUUUCAGAAAUUUAAUUUCAGAAGUGUUUACAAUCGAGGGGUAGCUAGCCAGGCAUGUAUACAGUUACAGGCACUCAUUUCAUUAUUUCUCUUUGAAAAAGGUUAUUCUCCUUUUCUACAACAAAAUGACACUUAUUUCCAAAUGAAUGUGUCCCGCAUUAGGACAGCAGAAGCAAGCCCCAUUUUGUUCCUGUGGUCAUGAUGGGUGCUAUGAUGUAAGUGAAUUUACAAUUUGCAACUUCAGAUGAUCAGAGUAUUUCUCUUUCUAUCAGGGCUGGCAACUUUGGUUUGUUUGUUUUUGUGCUCUGAUGGAAUGCAGAAGAAGGGAAUAAGGAUGUAAAGCAGGGAAUGGGGAGGGGGAGGGGAGGGAAAUGUCAAGUGUGUGAUUCACAACUGAAGCAGCAUUCAUGGCCAUCUAAAAUCUCGCAGCUGCACCAUUGCAUUCACUCAAGUGUAGGUCAUACUAUGUUCAGUGGCGCUUACUCCCAGAUAAGAGUGCAUUGGAUUGCAGCAUUACACUUAGAGAUGGCAACUCUAUGACCCCUCCAGCCACUGCUCUGACUCCUCAACCCACAGCAACAGGACUCCUUCUACCUGUUACGUACAGGCUAGAUAUCAGGGUAAGCUGCUCUUUUUGAAAGUACUACAGACUAUCCCACAGAGUCUAAACUAUGAAGGGAACACAUUGCUAAAUAAGUCCUAAUGGAUUUCUAAUUGUCACAGAUAACUCCUACGCAGAAGAGAACACUCAUAGACUAAGCAAUUUGGUUUCUUGGUUUUUAAAAAGAUAUUUGCGAAGUACAUUGCUGGUACUUCCAAAACCAAUUCAUUUGUUUUCUAUCUGGACAAUGUAAUACUGCUGCAUGUCAAAGACUUCUGCAUAUCCUGUGAAGGAUGGAGAUCAGGAGGGGUGUCCUACCUUGGACAGAAUUGGCAAGGAAAUGGCGGCUGGCAGGGACAGGGGUAAAGUGACAGAGAAUGGUAUAUGCUAGAUGAACCCGGAAUAUUAGAUGCUGUGCUUUGGACUAAUCAUUUGGGACAUGUCAAGUUGAUCAAUUCAGAUUACAUCUAGCUCUUAAACAUGAGUUGGUCCCUCUAGCGGUGCUGUCAGACUAAUAGCAAUGCUAAGAAAGAUGUCUUCCCUUCAGAGAUGAAGCAAGCAAUAUCCAGGCAGAGCAGAACUUUUUGCCCCUCCUUCCUUCAUGACGCUGAAUUCCAUUCUCAGCUCCUUUAGCAGGGUUAACCCUUAGCUUACUAAGGAAGAGAUACGGUGCGCAGUGCUUGGGCUUUUCUUCUGCUCAAUAUUAAUUUCCUCCAUAAAAUAUUUUUUUUCUACACAGAGUCAAACCAUACUGCUGAGUAUCAACAGGGUUGCCAUUUGGCUAUUUUUGAGUGAUGCAGCAUUGCCUCAUGACUUUCUAAGGAGCUUAUAUUUGGCAUCAAGAAACGGGCAAUUGAAAGUGCAGCACAAUUCUAGAUGUGUCUUUCCAGGGGUACGAGAUGACUCUCAGGGUCCCUUCCAGCUCUUCAAUUCUAUGACUCUAUGAUUUCACUGAAGGUUGCAAACUAACUCGAAGAAAUAAAAUUUUACCCAGCUCUUUGUUGAGGAGAUUGCGGUGGUAUACACUCCCUUGAGGCAGACUUGUGAGGAGAGAAAAUGGCUGACUUUACCACACAAGACAACUCCCUCAACUCCCUCACAAGUAUCUCAGCCUUUAAAUUGGAGCCUUAUACUAGACCUUCACAACAACAAAGGUAUGUUCACAGGUGCAUCUGCCACUUAGAAGUUUUGAAUCCAGAUCUCUCCCCCCCUUUGUGAGUUUCUAUGACAUCUUGAUUGAAAUUUGGAAGUUCAGCCAGAUGUUACAGUGGGCAGGAGGCAUAUCUGGCUCAUAUAUGGGAUGUUUUAUACUUUACACACCACAUACCUAUGUUUUACAUCGGUGUCUUCCUUUGUUAAACAUAUUGGUACAAACAGUUUGUUAUUAUGGGGUCACACAGUUGUCUUGUUUUAUCAGAACACAACACAGCUGUUUUACUACGUUCACAAAUGUUACCACAAUGCCCACAACUGCCUUUUCCUUUAAAUUUGAUAUUUGGCUUUGAAAUAACACACAUAAUCUAGAUAAGGUUCUUACAAAUGAUUGUUAUUGACUGCUUUGGGGGAGUAUCCAGUUAUUAUUUAUUUUAUGCAAUUUUCUUACACGCUUUCCCACAAUUGUUUCCCUAAAUGUGUGCAAAGAAAAGGUCACAAGUGCACCUUAAUCUGCUUAUCUUCCUCUCCCCUAUCUUCAUAGCCCUGACACACUCAAUCCAAGCACUGUCUAUCUGGCUUUACAUUUAAAGUAACUACCUCAAAAUAGAAAGAACCCUCCAAUGUCUGAGGGCAUUAAUCAUACAUCGCUGCUGGCAUCCAUUCCAUUGCAAAAGGAUGGAACAUUGCUAAUGGCCCUGUCUCUGAUCUUUGCUUUCAUUACAAGAACUUCUGGGCUGUAGAUGUUCCUUGUCUAUCUUUAACAAUUUCUAAACAUAUCCUCCUACAUAACUGCUAGCUACAAGCUAUGGGUAUGAUCCAGCUGAAGUCAAGCACUUUUUGGUCCCAUUGGAGAGGUUCAGUUACUUGGUUAACUUAUGUUAACCAUACAGGGGAAGGUUGUAGCUCAGUUGUGGAACAUCACCUACAGUAUGCAUGCAGAAGGUCCCAGGUUCAUUCCCUGCCAUUUCCAAGUAGGUUUGGGAGAGACCUCUGUCUAUAAUACCAGAAGGUCAUUGUCAGUCCAUGUGGACAAUACUGAGGUAGAUGGACUAUGGGUCUAAGGCAGUUUUCUGUGUCUCUGUUGAACACAGUGUGAUUUUAAAGUGCCUAAUUUUGACUCAGUCAUGCUCCAUGAUUCUAAGAAGGUGGGACUGAAAGGCACUGCUUAUGGUACAUUUUAAACUCAAUUACAGUUCAAAGUGAGAAGCAUUGCCUCAGCAGAGGGUGGAACAUGGGUACACAAAAACUGCUCAUGAUAAAGGUAAAGGACCUCUGGAUGGUUAAGUCCAGUUAAAGGCAACUAUGGGGUUGUGGUGCUCAUCUCGCUUUUCAGGUUGAGGGAGCUGACGUUUGUCCUCAGACAGCUUUCCAGGUCAUGUGGCCAGCAUGACUAAACUGCUUCUGGCACAACACAUGACGGAAACCAGAGUGCACGGAAACACCAUUUACCUUCCUGCCACAGUGGUAUCCAUUUCUCUACUUGCACUAGUGUGCUUUUGAACUGCUAGGUUGGCAGAAGCUGGGACACAGCAUUGGGAGCUCACCCCGUUGCAUGGAUUCGAACCGCCGACCUUCCGAUCGGCAAGCCCAAGAGGCUCAGUGGUUUAGACCACAGCGCCACCCGCUCCGUGCUCGUGACAAAGAGGGCCAAGUGUACAAUAGUGAUGAAACAUGUUGUACCUUAAAAGAGCACUGGUGAAAUGUGCAUAUUUCAGACAUAGGAGACACCAACACAAAGAAUUUGGGGACGUAUCAGCAUCUGGAAAGCAACGGAAGUGGCAUUUAUGCAUAUAAAUGGGUGUUUUCAGCUCCAAAAGCAUUUCUCCCUCACCUCUGAAAAAUGUCCUCCAUAAAGUCAGGGGUCAUUCUGGAAUGGCACCCUGCCAAGUGCAAGGGUCUGGCUCUGGAAGGGAAUAUUGCCUUCUGCAUCUUUUGCACAGGUGGAGGGAGGGAUCCUGCCUUAUUUUUAAAGUUCCUAAAAAUAGUUAAGUGUUGUAGAAUAAUAAGUAAAAACCAAAUGGUCCUCCCUGCAGUCUCUGCAUGCCAAUAACACCAGUGUGACAGGCACAGCGUGAGUUACGAUCUUAAGAUUCAUUGCAGGGCUCCUUUUCAUCAGGCACCAAACUGGAGUAGUGUGUUGCAGAAAGCUUAGUGUGUGUGCAGCCACUAGACAUUUGCUCCCGCUGCUUAAAAUAGAACGUCUAACUGCGAUGGAUUAAUCUUCCUUUGGCUCUGGUUUUGCUUAGAUUACUGUAGCUGCUACUGUCUGAAAUACCGCUGUACAAUACAAGUAUUUCACAUAAGUCACUUAACAUACUGUCUGCAAAGACCAUGCAUCUCCUCUGAAUCUGCCAACCUUAUAUAUAUAUCUGUCUAUAUGACAGAGGAGGAGGUUCAGCUGUGUUUUGUAACAAUUUCAUUAAGCAUUUUCAAGGUCAGAUCCACAGUCCAGCUAAGGUGAAAUAGUAGGAUUUUAAGCCAUUGUAGUCCUAUUGACGUUAAUGGGACUAAAUUGGUUUAAGUGCAGAGACUUCAGCAUAAUAAUUGGGAAUGUGGAUUGAUCUUGUUAGUUGCCUCCAUUAAAUUAAAGCUUUAUGCCAGAUAAUGGCAUUUUACAAAACAAGCAAACAAACACCCGAAAAACAUUAACCUGCAGUCAUGGAAUCUUCUUUUUCUAUGCAUUGCAGACCUGGGGAUUUUCCCAAAGUGCUUUGAGUCUUUUGAAUUGUGCUGAAUUUUAGUGGUUGGUGAUAAACUGAUAGUGAUUUGAGCAGGGUCAGGAACUUGUGGACUUCCAGACAUUGUUGGACUGCACCUCCCAUAACUCCUGACUAUUGGCCAUGUCGGCUGGAGAUGAUGGAAGACAGAUAUAAAUUACAGCUGAGAGGCCUUUAAAGAAUCUCUUCUUAAAUCAUCUCAGUUUAGGGUUGAGCAGUGAUGUGGCAAAGUUUGAUGAUGACACCAGAUUGUGCAGAGUGGUGAGGAAAGUGAUUGUGAGGAGUUCCAAAAGGAUCUCUCAAAACUUGGUAAAUGGGCAUUAAAAUGGCAGAUGUGAUUCAAUGUAAACAUGUGUAAAUAAUAAUAAUAAUAAUAAUAAUAAUAAUAAUAAUAAUAAUUUAUUCCUAUACACUGCCCAUCUGGUCAGGCCUCCCCAGCCACUCUGGGUGGCUUCCAACAGAAUAUUAAAAACACAAUAAAACAUCAAACAUUAAAAACUUCCCUAAACAGGACUGCCUUCAGAUGUCUUCAAAAAGUCAGAUAGUUGUUUAUUUCCUUGACAUAUGACGGGAGGGUGUUCCACAGGGCGGGUGCCACUACCAAGAAGGCCCUCUGCCUGGUUCCCUGUAACCACACUUCUCACAGUGAGGGAACCACCAGAAGGCCCUCAUCACUGGACCUCAGUGUCUGGGCAAAAUGAUCAGGGUGGAGAUGCUCCUUCAGGUAUACUAGGCCAAGUAAAUUUGAGCAAAAUAUUCCCAACUUCACAAUACUCUUAUGGGAUCUGAACUGGUGGUGACUGGCCAGGAAAUAGAUCUUGUAUAUGGCUCAAUGAAACUGUCAAACUAGUGUGUGUCAGCGGUGAAAAAGAUAAAUUCCAGGGAUUAUUGGGAAACUUAUAUUGUCUUAGUGACAGCACUAGAACCUGGGGUUUUCCAAAGAAGCUGAAGGUUGGAAGAUGUACCGGUACUUCUUCGGCCAGCACAUAGUUAAUUUUUAAACCUAUCCAGUUAUUUAUGCAUUAUUACUGUUGUUGUUGUUGUUUUUUAAAACCAUUUUAGCUGCUUCCAUUAUAUGUUUGUAAAUUACCUUGAUACACGUGAAAAUUCAGUUGCAGUAGCAGUAGUAGUAUUAAUAAAUUCACAACCACACAAUAGAGUAAUGACCAACUUAGAUGACUUUAAAAGGGGAUUAGAAAAAAAAAUCAUGGAGCUUAAGGCUGCCCAUGGCUUCUAGCCAUGAUGAUUGUGUAUUACCUCCAGUAGGAGGGCCAGUAUGCCUCUGAAUGCGAGAUUCUGUGGAGCCCAACUGGGGAGGAUGCUGUUGCGUUCAUGUCCUGCUUGCAGGUUUCCUACAGGUAUCUUGUUGGCCACAGUGAGGACAGGAUGCUGGAAUAGAUGGGCAUUUGGUUUGGUCCAGCAGGGCUUUUCUGAAGAGCCCACAGGCAGUGUUCAACUACAGUGGUACCUCAGGUUACAUAUGCUUCAGGUUACAUACACUUCAGAUUACAGACUCCGCUAACCCAGAAAUAGUACCUCAGGUUAAGAACUUUGCUUCAGGAUGAGAACAGAAAUUGUGCUCCGCUGGUGCAGCGGCAGCAGGAGGCUCCAUUAGCUAAAGUGGUGCUUCAGGUUAAGAACAGUUUCAGGUUAAGAACGGACCUCCGGAACGAAUUAAGUACUUAAACAGAGGUACCACUGUAGUCCAGCCCACCAGGGCAAGGAUUUCUGCUUCCCGUCUCUUCUCUCCCUGCACAUACUUGGCACUCUCAUCAGAUAUACGACAGAGGGCUGGAAGAGCCCGAGAACAGAUUUAGGCAUUGCAGGAAGGAGGGAAGAGAGGGAGAGAACAUUCCCUUGUUGAAGAAGUACUUGCGCUGUCCGUGGAGCUCUGCUUUGGAUACAACCCAAGGGGAGUCAUGUAGCAGGGACAAAGGUGGCAAAUGCUCCCGCCUUAUUUUUAUAUAUAGAAAAAUCAGGGCCAGUCCUUAUUUUCUAAGAAAUGCUGCCUAUAUUAUGUCCAGAAGUAUCACUUAGCUUGUGUUGGCUCUGGCAUCUUCUGAUUACACUACAGUAUAUAAUGGGAUUUCCUCCCCCGCCCUUCUUUUUGCAAAUGCUAAUAGUUUUGUUAGUGAAAGUGCUGGACUUCUCUCCAAUCUAGCUCUGAUGCUAGAUUACUAAGCAAUAACAAGGAAAAAGUAAACAGGGGAUUUGCUGAUGAAUUGGGCCAUUGGCCAAAAAUAGUACUACAUUAAGAGUAAACCUAGUUACUAUAGCAACAGAAAGGGAGGGGAUGUACCCAAAAGCUAGGGUAGGGUGACAAGACACUUGGGAAGUGCAGAAGCAAUAGGGGCACAGGAAAUAGCCAAAAGAAAGAGUAUGUGAUCAACAAAAUAAUAUACCCCCCCCAGAAGGCCAGAAUAUAUAUUCUCUAUUCACUGUUCAUGGAAUCGUUAAGCUGAUUUGUGCAGCUUUGCAAUCAAAAGCCUGGGAAUUGAAUCAAUUCCCUCAAGGUAGACAAUAAGUUAUGCAUGUCAUCUUUAAGACCUGGUCCAGAAGCAAGUACAAGCGAUAAAUUAUAUAAGACAAAUUGUAUCUGGGAACAUAUAACACAAGCUGGCAGAACACAACAUGUUUUUGUAAUCCAGGUGUAACCUUAGAAAAUGUCAUCCCAGAUGUUCAGGGAUUAGUGGACUCAGGGCUAAUUCAAAGAACAGUCUGCAUAUAAUUUAGCAUUUGGCAGAGCAAAGGUGCACCAAUUUAUUGUAUAUGUGCUUAUUUAUUUAUAAUCUGUUUUUCUAAACACAGCUGGAGGUAUGAAUCUGCAAAACCUGGGGCAUCCUCUUGUGUGAGAGGAUGUGACAUGCAGGCUGUUGAAUCCAAACCCAGAAGUUUAAACUUAAUUAAACCAACGUGUAAAUGGAGCUUUCUGGACAUUGUGAACUGUGCAGUUCAGUCGAAACAAGGCAGUAAUACACUUGAUGAAAGAGUAGCAAAAAACUGCUGGAGAAGUGAAUAUAAACAAAAGGCACAUUGAAUAACCACAUAGCACAGAGCUCAGUAUAAUAAUAAUAAUAAUUUUAUUUAUUCUAGUCAUACCCCACCCAUCUGACUAGGUUGCCCCAGCCACUCUAGACAGUUUCCAGCAUAUACAAAAACAUAAUAAAACAUUAAACGUUUAAAAGCUCCCUAAACAGAGCUGCCUUCAGAUGUCUUCUAAAGCUUGUAUAGUUACUUAUCUCCUUGACAUCUGAUGGGAGGGCGUUCCAAAGGGUGGGCGCCACCACCGAGAAGGCCUCGUGAGAAGUCUUGUCACCUUCAGUGCCAUUCGGGCUUCACAGGCUUCUAGUAAGAUAAACAAUACACAGUGGCAAUCUGUGGGGCAAAGGCAGUGCUCCCCCCAUGGGUGUACUCAAGGGUACGCAGUACUGGCACCUAUUUUUCUAGAAGGUAAUGUUUAUACCCAUUCUAUGUGUGCCCUGCCAUGUUGAAAUGCACUAAUCAGGAGCAAAAUCUAUAGCAUUAGCCUGCCAUGGUAUGCCUUUUUUGGUUAUCAGUUGCUGGCAUGCUAUAUAUGCAUGACCAUGAGGUAGUGGACCAGGGUCGUGAGGGGUGAAAGACCUGUUACUAUUUCUGUUCUAGGAUCCCUCCAGGGUCCCUGUCUCCAAAGUCCUAAAAGCACUCAAUCACCAUGAAAGGGAAGCUUUUUAGCCACUUCAUGCUCCAAGCUAAACAUUUAGGAACACACACACACACACACACACACACACAGACAGACACAAAGUAAGGUCCUUCAGUUUCAACAAACUGGUGUGCAAGUUCUGUCACCUACAAUGGAACUACACAGAAAACAUAACUUAAGUCACUCCAAAAGAAGAUACUGGAGGAAUCUUUGCAUGAGUUAAUACUUUUUUAAAAUCCUUUUUGAGCUGUAUGGUAUCUUUUAUUUCUGUCCUUCCAGGCUGUGAUGCUUUAUAGUACACAUUUGUGAUUUACCAUGUAUGUGCACAGAAAAUAGUAGAUCUGAAAGGCAAAAUAAGGAGAUCUGCAUUUAUGAUUGCAAAAUUGCUAUUAUUCUAUAAUUAUAAGAUUAUUAUAUAAUCUUAGAAAGUUGUCUAUGCUUAGAAGGGGCAUGCAUUUGAGUGGGAGUAGUUGUAACUAUUAUGAAGGGAACCUGCACUUAUGAAUUUUCCACUACCCUACUGCAUAUGUGCACUGGCUGAUGAAUGUAACAUGCACACUUAAACAAAUAAAGGGUAUGUGUGGAAUGUUUGCAUGAGUAAAUGCUUUACUUUCAGCACACCUAAUAUAUAAAGCAGGGUUUGUGCAACGUGUAAGCAAGACAAUGGAAAGAAAGAAAGAAAGAAAGAAAGGAAGGAAGGAAGGAAGGAAGGAAGGAAGAAUGGAAGAAUUUCAUGGGAAGAUAUAUAGUGGUCCCAAAGCUCCUAAUGUCUUGGCAGCAGUGACUUUUUAUUUAAAUAUGAAAUGUCACCUUUCCUCCCAUUUAGAAUUAUUCCUAGUGACUUCACAUCCCUGCCUUCACUUGCAAGCACUUUGUCCUCUUGGAGCUGCAAGCAUCUCCCGGAGCUCAUUCUGCCUCUUUGCACCACUGCAGCCCAACAGCUGAACUCAUUUGUAACAAGCUCCUAUUUUCCAGUUUGAUGUUGCGCUUGAAUAUUCCCCCUGGCAUCUCCGCAGGCACAGCCUGCGUUCUAUGAUCUGAGCUGCAGAGUUUUUCCACUCGCAUAAUAACAUGCAAAGUAUGGUCUGGCGGGUGUCUUGACUUCACCCGUGAGCCUGGAAAUGUGAUUGAUGCACACACACAGCUGAGGUGGGGAUUAAUUUGUCAACCUGUGCUGAGAAACGUCUACAGUGCACCACGGAAUAGCUUGCUAGAGACAGGAGAGUGAGGCUUUCCCGGGGCCAGAGCAAAAUGUAUCUGCUAUGGCAAUAAAUAGCUCUAAUACUCUCACUAUGACGUUCAUCUCAUUCCCACAGAAUGGCUGUUAUUAAUUAUUGUGUAUUAAACACCAACUGUGUGCUUGACCCUGUAAAAGAAAUGUUCUUUGCCAAAGGAGCUUAUUAGCAAAGGAAAUACAUAGCCAGCACACAGAGAGAGAAAUUUUAGCUUUUGUCAUCCAAGGCAUAGUAAAAGUAGCCUUUGGGUGGAAUUCAACAGUGCGCUAAUAAUAUUGUUCUGUCAGCACAAGCAUUUCCGUUUGCCAGACAAAACCAUCUCCCCACCCUCCUUUCCUGCAUGCUGUUUUGGGGGUUCUCCUGACCCUCCAAACUGGAUUUGGAGGAGGUUGGUGUGAGAGGAGAGAAGGAAAAAUUCUUUUGUUCUAGUGCAGGUCCUUGUGCUGGCUUCUAUUAGCCCACCUGGUUAGCUGAAUUGAGCCAUUUGAGUGGGACAGUUGGGCUGCCCGGGGAUUGGGACAAACCAUUGCCAUAUCCAAUAUGCACCAAAGAGCAAGUGAUUCUGGCUAUAGGACCCAUAUGAUGUGUUUCAUUGGUGCAACACCUUCUUGGACUGUACCACUUAGAGCUGUAAGUGGGGAGGCAUUUCCCAAGGGGCAGUCAAUGUCCUUGCACACACAAAACUUUAAUGGCAUCUUUCUGAUUUGCUAGCUGAAUGUGCAGGUGGAGCUUCACAUGGUUCAGUGCUCUUCUGUGAUACUCCACCUGCAGUGGGAAAUGAUACAGUCCAGGAGAACAUAUAACACCUGGACCUCUGCAUUUGUAAACAAGGCAUAAUUUGACAUUGUGGGUUCCUCCUCCAGUACAACCUCUUCUUUCUUAUUUAUUUAUUUGUUGAAUUAGUUUACUGCUCUUCAUCCGAAGAUCUCAGUGUGUUUCACAGAAUGAAAAUACAAGAUAAAAGCACAAAAUACAUAAUAAAAACAAGAACAAAACAAUACCCCCGGCCACAAACACAUUUAAAAGGACAUAGGAUGUUAAUCAGCCAAAGGCUUGGUUGAAGAGGAACAUUUUCGCCUGGGGCCUAAAGAUAUAUUAGGCACGAGGAGAGCCUCCCUAGGGAGAGCAUCCACAAAGGGGGAGCCACCGCAGAAAAGGCCCCUUCUUGUGUUGCCACCCUUCAGAUCUCUCAUGGAGAAUGCACACAAAGAAAGGUCUCAGAUGAUGCUUGCAGGGUCUGGAUAGAUUCAUAUAGAAGGAAGAGGUAUUGUGGUCCUGAGCUAUUUAAAGCUUUAUAGGUCAAAACCAGCCCUUUGAAUUGGGCCUGAAAACUAAUUGGCAGUCUGUGCUGUCAGGCCAGGAUCAAUGUCAUACGCUCAAACUGUCGUGCCCUGGUGAGCAACCUGACUGCUAAAUUCUGCAAUAGGCAGGAUGGAGAACUGGGCCACAACUAACAAAAUGAAUUUCAAGGGAGCGAAAUGUAAAGUUCUGCUGUUAGGUAGGCAAAAUAAGAAGCACAUAAUGGGUGACAUCUGGCUUGUCAGCAGUACAUGUGAAAAGGAUCUGGGUGGCUGCUUUUUUUUAAAGUAGAUUGCAAGCUAAAUAUGAGUCAGCAGUUCUGUGUGUGCAAAAAAACAAAAAAGGCUCAUGAGAUUCUAGAUGACAUCAACAGAAAUAUGAUGUUCAGAUUACAAGAAGUAUUGAUUCCACUCUUGUUUGCUUUGGUCAGAUCUCACCUGGAGUGCUGUGUCCAAUGAAAGUACAAACUGGAAUGUGCCCAGAAGAGGGUAACACAGAUUGUGAGUGGCCUAGAGACCAGUCCUGUGAUGGAAGAUUUUAGGAACUGGGCAUGUUCAGUCCAGAGACAAUUAAAAGGUGAUAUGUUAGCCAUCUCCAAAUAUCUGAAGGGCCCUUACACAGAUAAUGGAGCAAAUUUGUUUUCAGCUGCUCCAGAGAGUGGACCCUGAAUUUACAGGUUUGAAACAUAGGAAAUAAGAUUUCAACAAACAAUUGAAGAUGAUGGAGUCUCUUUGGUUAGAGGGUUUGCAGCAGAAGCUGGAUGACCAUCUGGCAGGGCUGCGAUUUCCUGAAUUCCACAUUAUGCCAACUCAUAUAUGUGAAUACUCAGCAGCAUGCAGAUACUACUAUGGUUGACUAGCUUCCACACUUUAUGUGAGUGGCCUGAUUGCAUAAGCAAUGCCACUUUGGAAGAAUGCACUCACACUUAGUGGCCACUUCUCUUUCAUGGACAGACACACAAAAAAUCACAACUGGCAUACUUCUUGUUCAUAGAAGAGAAGUCACGUGUGAGCUGCUCUUGGUAGCCUUGGCAUUACUCUCACACUUGACCCAUCUGUAAAUAUGGGUGGACUGGAAGGGGUACAAUGAGAUGGUCCUGUACAAAUCUGUGUUAAUAGGAGGUGGGAACAUAAUAAUUGGCUACAAACCUGCCAGGUAGGGGAUUAUCCAAAAGUCAGGAAAGAUGCCUCCAUCGAGCCAUGCAAGCAGCAAAAUGAAUAAUCCUCCAACUUUGGAAAGCCACACCAAGAGCAGAAAACUGUAUACAAGACAUCCUGCAACUAGGAGCCCAUGAGAAAAUUGAGCUCCAGAAACUACAAAAAGUCAAGUUUCCAAGAUAUUUGGAGCACAUUUUUAGAACUCUUCACCAAGACUGAGCAAGCUAGUUUCCUGCUGAUCCAGAGUGUAGGGCCAUUGAAUUCAAAUUACAAGAAAGGAGAUUCUGACUAAACAUUAAGAAUAACUUUCUGACAGUAAGAGCUGUUCAACAGUGGAACGGACUCCUUUGGGAGGUGGUGGACUCUCCUUCCUUUGAGAUUUUUAAGCAGAGGUUGGAUGGCCAUCUGUCCGGGAUUCUUUAGUUGUGAUUCUUGCAUUGCAGGGCAUUGGACUAGGUGACCCUGGGGGUCCCUUCCAACUCUACAAUUCUUUGAGUAAUACCCACAACCAGGAAAAGUGGGAGGCACAAUGCAGGGAUGGAAACUUCUGCAAUUGUUCAUAAUCAUAAACUUUAUUGCACUAGCCAAAGGCCAUGGCAUCAUCUAGAAACACAACAAUUUUUACAGUUGUUAACCUGGGAUUCCAAUGCAGAUUUGACACUGAUUGAUCCUAACUCUUAUCUGAGCAUGUGAGCUUGAGCCCUGCAUGGCACACCAAAGAACUGAACAUCAGAAGUGAAAAUGCUGUAGCUGUAAAGGGUGUAGGCAUGAGGGCAGAUGGAGGUAGGGGGUUGGCUGGGCUGGGCUGGGAGGUAGGGAGCAGAGGGAAUAAGAGAGUAUACUGUUUUAUUGUAAUGAUGUGAAACCCCUAAUAAACUAUAUCUAAAAAGGGGAGAGGUUUUGGCACAUACCAUGCCUGUGUAAAAAAGAGAUCCAUCAGGAGCAACAGGCAUAAUUGUUGUCUGGGAGUGAUGCAGGACUGACAUUGUAAAGAUGGAUAAAAGGAAUCACUUAAAAGGGAAGGUUGAAGGGAAACUUGUUCAGGUAAGGCUUAAUAACGAAGGAAAAAACUGGGGAAAGCAGAAAGGAUUUAAGUUAUACAAAGGAGAAGAGGACUGGGCAAAAAACACUGUGAUGCUUGGGAUUCACUUGAGUGCCAUUUAAAGAUCCAACAAGAGAAACCUUAUGAUGAGUAGGAGUCCUGACCUUUCUCAGAAGCGAGGGAUGUAUCAGGUGCACUCUGAGAUAAGAGCAUGCUCCAGGAUCUGGAGGGUUCUCUGAAGCUAGGUCUUCUGAUAUUACACUGCUCAUGUCAGUAGGCAAGGGGUUUCCUGGGUUACUGGGAGUGCUUGUACAAGUAAAAAAAAGUAUCUGAAUUGUCCUUUUUAGUAGACAAAUAGGCUUGGUCCAGAGUCACCAGUAUAAGGUGAAUAUAGUUUGAAAAAUAAAUAAUUGAUAGGCUUUAUUGUGGUGCUGUGUGUGGUCCAGAGGGCCAUGCAACAAUACUGGGAUGAAGGUGGGCUCUCAAAAAGGCAGUACUUAGUAAACAGUGUCCUGAGCCUAUAGCCAUCUUAAAGCGAGUACACCCUUUUCAGUAAGUCUGUGUGGUGUAGUGGAUAAAGCAUUGGCUUAGGGCCAGGGAGUCUGGUGUUCAAACUCCUACUCAUUCAUGAAGUUCACUGGGUGACUGUAGGCCUGUUGUUCUCUCACCCUAAUCUACCUCUAAUCUACAGGGUAGUUGUGAGGGUAAAAUGAAGGGGUGGGAAAUGACCAUAGAUGGUACCCUGAGCUUGUUGUGGCAAGGGUGACAGAAAUAGAUAACCCACCUUUAUUUUAUUAUUGCAUUAUCUUCCACUUUCUCACCAGAAACCCAUGAUAGUAUAAAACAAUUAUUUCUGUUACACAUGCCAGAGAGCUGGCAACAAAUUUGUGAGGUAGGUGAGGCUGAGAGACUGUGACAGGCUCAAGUUCACCCCACAAACCUUUUGGCUGAAUGUGAAUUUGAACUUGGGCCUCCCUGGCCUUUAACACUCUAUGACCCCAGUAAGCAGAACCAGUUAGAGGCUCUCAUGUCAGUGGCUGAGCCAAAUUCAAUUCCUUUUUUUAAAAAAAUAAUAUUUAUUAGUAGUUUCAGAAUUAUAAGAAGAAAAAAAAAACAUUAAAAAACAACACUAUAAUACAUAAAAAGAAAAGAAAAAACACAAAAACCAAUACAACAAUACAACAAAAAGAUAAAAAACAACAACACAAAUCCCAAAUUACAUAUCUAAAACUUCCAAUUGCUUGUUUCAUUGACUUCCUCACACCUCCCUUUUUGUAUUCUAGUUUAAUUAGUUAUUUCAGCAAAUUCUUUUCAUCUUUCUCAAUUUUUGUUAAAAAUUUUAUCCUAAGCUAAUUUAACCUAAUAAUUAGCUCAACAAAUCCUUUCCAUCUUUCCCCAUAUUCUAUUAUCACAUUACCUUAAUUUAUUUAACCUUAUCUUACCCUAAAAUACCUUAAAGCUUGAAUCUUAGUUAUCAAAUAUACAUUACUCCUGAUAUCAUUUCUGCUAAAGUCAUAUAGUUUCAUUCCAACAUUUUCCCUAAUAUUCAUUAAUUUUUAGCCAAUUCCCUAAAUAGAAAAUUUUCUUUAUAAAUUUUCUUCCAAUCUUCAUCCAACGUCCCUUCUUCCUGGUCUCGGAUCGUGUCAGUCCUUACUGUCCAUUCCAUCUAGUCCAUCAACCUGGAAGCCUUAUGUCCGAGGCCCUUAAGUCUCUUCCAUGUCCCUUCUGCAAUUCUUCUCCUUCUUGUUUAUACUUGCCCUUUUCCUUGUCUUUUGUUGGUCUCUUUCUUAGUUUCUUUCCUUUCUCAUUGAGGGGUAGGCCUCUGGGGGAUUCCAAGCCAAAAUUGUCUCCAUCUCCCUUCAUCAAACCUGCCCAUUCCCCAUAGUCCCACUCCCCACAAUCCUCAAUAUAGUCCAAAAAGUAUUUAAAAGCAUAUUCCAAAGUCUCUCCAAUGUUGGGAACCUCCUCAGCUCCAGACUCCCCCUGGCCCACUCCAACUUCAAUCUUCAAUGACAGCGGCUCAUACUCCUGUAGGGCCUCGGGACUCUCCAUUUGUAUUAUUUGGGGUGCAACCGCAUCCUCCUCCAUUAUCUUCUGCACUUGCCCAGUCAGUACAGAUUCAUGAGUUGGUCCCUGGAUAAUUUCUGUAUCAAUAUUCCCUGUUUGCCCACAGUUAUUAACUGCAACAGUCAAAUCCAUUUUCUCAUUCAUCAAGUCCAUCUUCUCAUGCAUCUGUUCCAGCAAGGCACUUGUCUUGCAUAAGGCAAGCACCCAGUCUUCUUUCCAGCUCAUCUUUAGUCAAGGUCAGAAAAGCCUGUUCCCACGGUCUUAAUCUCACAUCUGUUGAGCCCUCAAAUGUACUGCAGCAACAAUUUGACAAGCUUCCUCUAGAGGAGGCAAUUUCUAUUUGUAUCCAAUUUUUUUAGGCAAGUCCAACAAAGGAAAAUUACUUUCGUUUUUCAGAUAUUUUUCAGAUAUUUUGUUUCUUUAGGAUGCAAAAGGCAACAUUGGAAUCAGCUUGUUUCUCUUCUUUAGCUAUCUGUCAAAAUAUUCCAUUCACGGUCAGUGAACCUCUCCAACAAUUUCUGUCUCUGACACCCCGUUCCCAGGUUAGAGACGGUGGAAACUUAUCCUUCUUCACUCCCUCUCCUGCUAGGGUUGAACAAAGUCCCCCCCCUUUUCUCCUGCUUCCAAGGGGGUUUCAGUAAUUCUGGAUGAAGGAAAUUUAGACUUUUUUGACAACUUUCCAGGCUUUAGCUUACAAAGUUUUUGCUUUAGUCUAUAUACAAAAAGCGGAAGGCAGACUUCCUGUUUUGAACCUUCCCGCUUCGUUACCAAAUUAAGAAAUUUCUUGAUCCAAUUUUCUGUUUCUACUCACGGGUACUUGUUUUAAAUCCAAUUGUCCUCAGGAAAAAGUCAGCGCUCUCCGGCAAUGGCUGUGCGGCUUCACUCCAUGAAAGUAGCAGUCAGUUCGCAGCACCGCGCUUCUCACCCCACUUCUCUCCGGAGCCCCUAAAUGGGAUUCCCUGUGAGUAGGGGGGCGCUCCUGGUGCCCUGCCGAACCCCACGUUCCCAGGCUUCCUCCGCCUGGGAUUUCUAGCGGGUCCCCACCUUCGCCGUGGCGGGAAGACCCAGUUUCCACGGAGCCCGUUCCUCUGGACGGAGGAACUCCGCCAUUCACCAAUGGCGCUGACCCGGAAGUCCCAAUUCCUGACUGUGAGCCUGAUAUUAGUUAUCAGGAGACUACUCUAUCUGAUCCUGAACCACUUCCCAUGGCAUCAGAACCUGUAGAGACAGAGUCAGGACCCUCAUGAGUGCCUUCCCCUGUGCCUGAUGAACUGUGUGCCUCCCAAACCACCUUGAUAGCUCAAUAGUGCAUGGAGUACAAGCAAAUGCCUGUACAGUGGUACCUUGGGUUAAGAACUUAAUUUGUUCUGGAGGUCCAUUCUUAACCUGAAACUGUUCUUAACCUGAGGCACCACUUUAGCUAAUGGGGCCUCCUCUUGCUGCUGCUGCGCUGCCGGAGCAUGAUUUCUGUUCUCAUCCUGAAGCAAAGUUCUUAACCCGAGCUACUACUUCUGGGUUAGCGGAGUCUGUAACCUGAAGUGUCUGUAACCUGAAGCGUCUGUAACCUGAGGUACCACUGUAUUCAAGUCAGAGCAUUGGCCCUUUAGAAAUUCUGCUUCUCAAAAAGGAAGCAGAGCUUAGGAAAGACAAACUUGGGGACACAGACUUAGCUUGAGUGAGUUGGUGUGAGUUGCUCUCCUGGAGCUCUCCAUGAUGCUGCCAUACUUCACCUGCCUUGCUCCAUAGAACCAGAAGAGGACACUCUAGCUACAAUGCCACACUAGCUCUCAGUGAUCUUUCCCAGCCCAGCUGCUUGAAGUUAUUUUUGCAGAAGAUGUUGAAAAUGUAGCCUGGGACUGCUUUGUAUGGGCAAUUCAACUAACUGAAUAAGCCAGCACAAUAAAAUGGAUUAUUAUCACCAAUCAUCAUCAUCAUAUUUUUUUUAAUCAGCAUCAAAGCAUAAUAUAAAUAUGUUAGGUAGCCCUUCCCAUUUUGUGUAUUUGGGUAGGUUUUACCUAAUGAGCCACGUCAGCAGAAGCCCUGAUCAAGGACUUCCACUUGUGCAAUGUGGCAUCCCCACCCAAUUGGCUCCGGGAAGGGUCAGAAAACAGCCCCUCCCCGAAUAGAGCACAGGGGGCAGAGAGGGGGAAUCAUUCUGUCUAAAUAUUCAUCAUAGUGUGGCACUGAAUUUUGCCCUGUGUGUUUUAAAAUCAGCGCAUCUCAGAAAGUAGGUUUGACUUGAAUACUAACAAGUUCCAUUAGAAAUAGUAAAUUUCCUCCAUUUAAUUUACAUUGGCCACUUCUUCUAAACACUACUCAUUAAGCUCUGGCAACUGGGUUUCCUGGCUGUGGGUGCUCCCCAAAGGCCUUGCUCUCCAGCGAUGUACCAAUGUUGCAGACACUGCAGAUCAGCAGAGUUCACAAAUUUAUAUGUGGAGUUUAAAAAUAAAUGAUGUAUCAAAGUAGGGCCAGUUUCCCUGUAGGGUAUUUAUGGCAAGGAAAAAUAAUCUCGUAUCUAUUGUUCAUUUACUUUCAGGGAAUUAGCUCUUCGGAUGUUAAUUCAAAUAAAUAAACUGAAGGUGAUAAUGGCCGAAAUAAGUUUUCAUGCUGCUUGUAAGCAAAGGGACAUUGAAAAGCUGCUGUGUUCUUUUAAAAAUGCAUAGUUAAGGUUUUAUUCAAAAUGCCAUUAAUGUUUUAAAGAGCUGGCAUACAACAAAUCAUAUGAGACGUGCAGCUUUCAGCCUUAUGAAAUUUAUGGACAGGCUAUGUUGAAAAAUGAAAGAGAAGAAAAGACAAGGAAGGCACUUAGAUCUGAUCUUGUUUUUGAAGCAAAUGCUAUCAUUACACUCUGUUUUAAAUUGUAAUACAGUUUUUGAUGGUCUGAGAUCUAGCUCCGAGAGCCUUCUGGAGGUUCCCUCACUGCGAGAAGUGAGGUUACAGGGAACCAGGCAGAGGGCCUUCUCAGUGGUGGCGCCCGCCCUGUGGAACGCCCUCCCAUCAGAUGUCAAGGAUAUAAGUAACUAUACAACCUUUAGAAGACAUCUGAAGACAGCCCUGUAUAGGGAAGUUUUAAAUGUUUAAUGUUUUAUUAUGUUUUUGUAUAUGUUGGAAGCCACCCAGAGUGGCUGGGGUAACCCAAUCAGAUAGACAGGGUAUAAGAAGUAAAUUAUUAUUAUUAUUGCUAUUAUAUAAAUCUAGGAGUAGCACUAGUAUUAGCCAUCUAACAGCUCUGUUCAUCUCAAGAAUAUGCUUAGCAAUGGGGGGGGGGGGGCAUAAAAAACAUCCGUUAGGGUGGUUUGAUAAGAGAGAUGCAUCUUGUGUUGGUUGUAAAUUCAAAAAAAUACAAAAAAAAAGUCCCAGGUAUGGCAGGUUUUACACAUUUAUGUACCUGCUAUGUGCCAGUCCUUAAAGAUUCUCUAAAUAUGUUUGGGCGUUUGAAGAAAUCAAGUGUGUGCGUGUGCGUGAGUGUGUGUGUGUGAGAGAGAGACAGAAUGAGAAUUUCAGUUUCAAUGCCUUCCCUUAAUGGAAUGAUAGAAAUGUAAGCACAUUUUUUUAUUAAAAAAAUUAAAAAUUAAUUUUAGCCCUAGGAUUUGCAUUUCAAAUCACAUAAUAAUGGAAUAAUUUAUGAGCCUCCUUUAGUAGUCUGCAUGGAAAGAUUAAGUAUUAACCACUUCCAUUACUUUUAUCAUAAUCUAGAAUGGCUCACUCGAAAUCACAUUCCUUCGCUGCAGUGUGAAAAGCUUUCAGUGCGUGGCUGGGAGGUUGGAACGAUGAAACAAUUGCUGACGGGUUUCAACAUUUGUGAGAUCACAAGUGAGUAGCAAUGGCCAGCUCAAAACUUUUUGCUGGCUGAAUAAAGGACCAGACCAUGUCAUUUUCCAUAUGCAGAAGCUGGCCAGAGCAGCACUUAAUUCUUACUUCAAGACUCAUGAAAGUCCUAUGCUAUACCUGAGAGAAAGAAGCUGAUUUUAAGGGAUGUAGGGCACACCUGACUCUCCAGCAUCCUGCUGCUGAUUUGUAGCUCCCCAGCACCUGCUGCCUGAGGCAGCUGCUUUAUAAGACCAAUGACCCAUUUAGCCCAGCAUCCUGUUCUCACCGUGGCCAACCAGAUGCCACUAGUAGGACCCAAGCACAAGAACUCUCUUCCCUCCUGUGGUUUCCAGCAACUGGUAUUUAGGAACAUUACUACCUCUAGCUGAAGCAGCAGAGCCAUUGAUAGCAUCGUCCAGGUCUUUAUGUGCAGUUAUCAUUUGCCUUCCUGGAACCGCUGGCUCACAAGUUACUCUGGGCCUGGAGCACAUUAUAAGAUUUUUGUGUGUUUUUUUGCAUUUAGAAGUAUAUGUGCAUGAAGCAGAGACAUCACCUUGCCAACAAAGGUCCGUAUAGUUAAAGCUAUGGUUUUCCCAGUAGUGAUGUAUGGAAGUGAGAGCUGGACCAUAAAGAAGGCUGAUGGCUGAAGAAUUGAUGCUUUUGAAUUAUGGUGUUGGAGGAGACUCUUGAGAGUCCCAUGGACUGCAAGAAGAUCAAACCUAUCCAUUCUUAAGGAAAUCAGCCCUGAGUGCUCACUGGAAGGACAGAUCGUGGAGCUGAGGCUCCAGUACUUUGGCCACCUCAUGAGAAGAGAAGACUCCCUGGAAAAGACCCUGAUGUUGGGAAAGAUGGAGGGCACAAGGAGAAGGGGACGACAGAGGAUGAGAUGGUUGGACAGUGUUCUUGAAGCUACCAGCAUGAGUUUGACCAAACUGCAGGAGGCAGUGGAAGACACGAGUGCCUGGCGUGUUCUAGUCCAUGGGGUCACGAAGAGUAGGACACGACUAAACAACAACAACAACGGCAUGAUUUGGUUUCUAUCCAUACUUUUGUGCACUGCCC